UUUUUUUUAGGGGGGCUCGGAAUUGACUAUUCCGAAGAUCCAUGCGACCCUAGCGGCUAAAGUGAGAACUGGGGAAGGCAGGUAAUCAGUCCAAUCGCCGCGUUAUGAUCAUUGUAUGUAUUUCGGUGUUUCCUUUUCAUGGACUAAGACUGGUUCUUAGCAAUUAACACUGUUCAUUACAGAAAAUCUUAGUUAAAAUGUGAAAUAAAUCGAAACCAAGCAUAAUAUCAAUUGUUCUGUUUACAGAUUUCAUUCAAAAAAGGGGAACAAUAUAAUUAUUCACUUUCACCCCUUUUUACCAAAAAUUGCUCAAUACAAGUGAAUACUCUUAUGGGACAAGGGUCACGCAUCUGUGUGCUCGAAUGUGCUCGUGCCUUGCCCUCGCAAAUGUGGCUCGUACGUGUCAAGGGCCAACCUGCCCAAACACCAAUACGAAUGCGUCAAUCAAAAGACAGCUACGCCGAAAACAUCGCCUUCAAACCAUCGCGGUUAUCCUGCGAAGCACAGCGAGACUAAUUCGCUAGGUAAGACUAGUAAUGGCCAAAAAUAAGGAUAUAAUAAGUCAUGUGUUUAUAUCUCCACUUUUGAAUCCACUUGAAUCCUUCUCUUUGGCUCUUUCAUAACCCACUUUAGAGCCAGAACCCACUAUAAAGUUGAUUGUGGCUCUGGAUAGUUACUAUACAAAUUUUGAGUUUUUUGUGAUGGCGUACUACUUGAACAGAGAAUAUCGGAUUGUUAAUAACACAGAUUGGUUCAAUACACAGACUACAUAAUAAGAUGCAAAGUAUCCAAGACUAACUAUAACCAGUGUCAGACAGAACCGCGGUAAUGACAAAAACCGUCUUCCAAGAAGAACUCGCUCGCCUUUCUAAACGCGUCCAGGACCUGGAGACGCGUCGCCAACAGUCCUCUAUCCGCAGCAGUCAACAAUUCACCACGCUCGCUGGUCAUCUGGACACUUUGAAAACCGUCCUUACCCAACACACUUCGGCCAUCGAGAAAAUCAACCACUUCCAUGGAUUCCACGACGACUGGCGGAGGAACCUCGAGAACCGACUGGAAAAGCUAGCAUCGACCGCACUCGAUCUGGAGCAACUGCGCGGCGAAAUCGACUCUAAAUUGCCCCAAUUGCAGAACUUGAACGACGCGUUUCACCAUUUCAAAGAAGCGACGUUGUCGGAUCGCGGGCGAUCGCAAAGUGUCGCGAUGGACUUCGCGCGCAACAUCGAAGAUCUGCGCGGGUUGAUCGAGCGACAAGCGUCUGACGUUUCGGCGCUUUGGAGCGAACAUCUUCAGACAACGUCCGUGUUGCGUGGCGACGUCGACGAACAGAGGGCGAAGCACACCAGUUUAGUAUUCGAUCUGAGAUCGGUCAGUCACAUAGCCUCCGAGGCGGCUGAAAAAGUCGAACUUCUUGAGCGCGACUUCGGGGAGAUGAAGCACGACGUGGAGCAGCUAAAAGUCGACGUUGCCGUGAUGGAGGGGCUGGGGAGCGGGGCGGAUGAGACGUGGGGCAGCGUGUUGUGGAAGAUCUCUGAUUUUGAUUCAAAACUGAAGGCGGCCAAGGACAGCGGCGUCGUGUUGAAGAGUGUCCCGUUCUACACCCACCGAUACGGAUACAGGAUCAGGCUACUACUCUAUUUAAACGGUCUGAAUAAGUGGAGAGACAGAUACGCCCUGGCCUGCAUUCAUGUCCUCAAAGGGGAUUACGACAUGUUGCUACCCUGGCCGUGCUCCAUAGAGGGCAGCAUGAUCUUGAGGGACUUGGAAAAUGUGUCUAAGCCGAAGUCAUUUUCCAAAUAUAUCAAGGCCAAAAGGAACUGCGGCGACGAAGAGGCUGAAGAACCGCAAGAGUCAUCGAGCACGUACAUUUUCAUCCCACAUAGUGUCUUGCUCAAGGGGACUUACCUUAAAAACGACACGGUGUUCGUCGAAGUGAGAAUCAAUCCCUUCGAAAAACAGGAAACCAGCCUCUGAUUGAAUACCUCGAGACUUACAUACACUUAUUUAUUGUAAAUUUUCCCUCACUAGUCAGAGGGACGAAAUAAAAUAACUUUAUAAAUUAGCGACUUUUUGUUGUUUUUAACCGGUGCCCGUAAUCUGUACUGUUUAAAACAAAACAAAUUUUUACAAAUUAUAGAUUAAUUGUAA